AUCCACACCUUUCCACCAAGGAGGCUUGACUCCCAACAGCUCCGGUUACGUGUUAUCAUGUCCUGUAUAAGGAGCCAUUUUCAUGACUUCUGAGGAGAGGAGAACGCACUUUACCGAGUCUCCUCCAGAGGAUAAACUGCAUCUGUUUGGAGGAAAAAUGACCGCCCAGACAUCCAAGUUGGUGUUGUCAUUAGAUGCCAAAGACGUAGACUCGCUCAAAGACGGAGUGAACUUCAGGAAAAACCCAGAUGAUGGGAAGUGUUACAUCAUAUAUAAGAGCAGCGAUGGCUUUAAAGUAUGCAAGAAUCAGUGCAAACACCAAGGAGGGGUGUUUAUCAAGGAUAUAGAAGACCUGGAUGGAAGGACGGUUAAAUGUACCAAGCACAACUGGAAGUUGAACGUUUCAUCUAUGAAAUAUGUGAACCCGCCCGACAGCUUCCUGCAAGACGAACUUGAAGUUGAAAUCUUGGAUGAUGGGGGGAUGCAGCUAGUGGAGCUGAGCCCCAUUGAUCCCUGGAUGACAGAUCCCAGAGAGCCUCUGGAGCUCCAGGCAGGAGAAGUGAAAAUAACGUACCUUACCCACGCCUGCAUGGAGCUGCAGUUUGAACAAAAGCGCUUCCUGUUUGACCCAUGGCUGAUGGGUCCUGCCUUUGCCCGUGGCUGGUGGCUUCUCCACGAGCCCCCGGCAGACUGCCUGGAUAGACUCUGUGCAGCCGAUCUCAUCUACAUCAGCCACUUGCACUCGGACCACCUCAGUUACCCCACUCUGAAGGUGCUGUCAGAGAGGAGGCCCGAUGUUCCGAUAUACGUUGGCGACACAUCUAGACCAGUAUUUUGGUUUUUGGAGAAAAGCAAAGUCAAGCUAACCAAUAUCAAUGUCACUCCUUUUGGUGUUUGGCAAAUUGUUGACAAUAACCUGAGAUUUAUGAUUCUGAUGGACGGUGUCCAUCCUGAAAUGGACACCUGCAUCAUUGUUGACUAUAAGGGUCACAUUAUUCUGAACACAGUGGACUGUACCAGGCCAAAUGGGGGCAGACUACCAGAAAAGGUGGACCUGAUGUUGACUGAUUUUGCUGGCGGUGCAUCUGGUUUUCCAAUGACAUUUCAUGGGGGGAAAUACAAUGACUCUUGGAAGGCAGAGUUCAUCAAGAAUGAAAGGAAAAAGUUACUGAACUACAAAGCUACGCUGGUCAAGUCACUGCAACCGAGGAUCUACUGUCCCUUUGCUGGAUACUUUGUGGAAGCUCAUCCAUCAGACAAGAGCAUUAAGGAUACCAACAUCAAAAACAGACCAGAGGACCUCAAUGCACUCAUCAAUAAACUUGCACCAGACAUCAAGACAUGGACACCCAAGCCUGGCGCCAUGCUUGACCUUGGCCUUGCAUUGAAAGACCCCACAAGCAGCGAGGCCAUCACUGACCCUCCAGCCAAUACCAAAAUCUACAAGGACAGCUGGGAGUUUGACUUCUAUGUGGAUGAGCUGAACAGCACUGUCGAUAGUGAGAUAUUCAAACAUCAGGGCUGGAUCCAGUUUUAUUACACCUGGGCAGGCUUUCAAAACUACAACCUAGUGGUGCGGAUGAUUGAAACAGAUGACAACUUUAACCCACUGAGUAAUGGCUAUGACUACCUGGUGGACUUUUUGGAUUUGUCAUUUCCUUCCACGAGGCCGGAGAGAGAGCACUCCUACAUUGAGAUUAAAAACAGAAUUGGCGUGAUGAGAUACGUGGUGGUGCAUGGCUGCCUCUGGGAUGAUCUCUACAUUGGCUUUCAGAACCGCAUCAGCCGAGAUCCGGACAUCUACCACCACAGGUUCUGGAACCACUUCCAGACCCAGUUACCUCUUCGUUGUCCAGAUUGGGACCAGUUUCUGCAACAGGUCCCCCCCAUCCAGGAAACAGAUGCAUCAAAUGCAGGCUUACUGAGUUACUGCUCAAUUUUAUAGUUUUGGAAGGAGGGGAUGUGAAGAUAACGGUCCAAAGUUUGCCUGGUUAAAACAGUUUUUUUCUGCACUAACUAAAUGAUUAAUCAACGUUCUGCUGAGUACGGAUAUACUACUCUAAAUGGAAGGCAUUUAUUGCACUACAUUGGUAAAGGCAUUCACUCCUGCUAGAGGGUACUCACAAAUAUGAUUAUUUUUUAUAUAGAUUGAUUUUUGCUCCUGUGUCUAUGGAAGUUUUCUUUAGAAGGUACUCUGGGUUUUGUGUGGUUCCUCAUCAGAAUGAAUGGGGGCGGGGGGGGGACCAAUUAUUAAACAAGGCCACACCUCAACUGCAUUUCGUAUUACUCCCUUCCCUCUUUGUUUCAUUCUUUCCGCAGGAGUCCUUUUCUUCUCUCCCUACCAACUGUCCAUAAAAUGGCAAAUGGCUUGUACAGCACUUUUACCUAGUCUGACGUCCUCCAAAGCACUUCACACUACAGUUUUAGUCAUUCAGCCAUUCACACCCUGACAGUGGUGAGCCAUGUUAGUAGCUACAGCUGCCCUGGGGCAGGCUGACCAAGACAAGGCUGCCAUUCACCAGCACCACAGGGCCCUCUGACCACCACCAGCAGGCAGUGCGGUGAAAUGUCCUGCCCAAGUACACAACGACAGAGACAGUCAGAGUAGGGGAUCAAACCAGCAACCCACCAAUUGCAGGAUGAACUCCCUAACCUCUCUGCCACCGCCCACAUAACCCUCAUCCCUUCUUAUGACCUUCAUGUACUACUAAUGGUUUUCCUUUUUUAGAUUCAGACACUUUAGGAAAACAGAAUUUUAUGUAUUCCCAAGAUAGGAAGGCAUUGAUUCACAUUUAGACUCAUUUAUUAGGUACCUCUGCUCAAAUCUGAUUAGCAAAUGAGCCAAUCACAUCACAGCAACUCAAAGUAUUUAGCCAUUUAGACGUAAAGACAAUGACUUGCUGUUGUUCAAAGAGAGCAUUGGAAUUAAACAUGGCAAAGAUGUCUGUCCCAGCAAAGCUGAGCUGAGUAUUUGAAAAAUCUCUGCUGGGGUUUUGACAUACAACCAUCAGUCCGAUUUACAGAGAAUGGACUGAAACAGAGAACAUAUCCAGUAAGACAAUCUAGAGUUCAAGAUGACAUAACUAUACAGCGGCUCAAAUGAUAAAUAUUUACAACCAAGGUAUCCAGAAUACCAUCUCUGAACAUAAAUCUCCAUGGAACUUCGAAGCAGGCGGACCACAUUAGCAGAAUACCUUACCUGGUACCCCUCCUGUCAUCUAAAAACAAGACACUUCGCCUGUGAGUCAAACAGGCUCACCAAAAUUUAAAUAUAUCAGAUUGAAAAACUGUUGCCUGGUCAGAUGACUUCAUUUAAUUUCAGCUGCAACAUUUAGAAGCUGUGUACACAAUAUGAAAGCCAAGCUGCUUGUGUCAGUGGUUCAGGCUGGUGAUGGUAUAAUACUAAGGAAGAAAGACCAUUGAAGUGGCUUUGCACACUAACUAUACAACUUAAAAUGAACAAGAAAUGCAAAAAGAAAGAUUAUUUCCGUUAUUUAUGUAUUUCUCACAAUUUGGUCCACAAAAUCUUUCCAUCAUCAAGUUCAGGGAGAGAAUUGUAACCCAUGUCUGCAUUUUCUUCCUGUCAUCCAUGUUCCCACUCCUCCACAAUCGUUUCUGUUUUUGCUCAUUCAUUCAGUCCACAAAAUGCAAGUAUUUCAAGGUCUUCUACAUAACUGGUUCAUUGCUAGUUUCCAUUUCACAACUAACCCAUUCACUAUAUCUUUCUUACUCAAUCCAACACCUUUUUGCUCAGUCUUAUUCACUCCUAAUUUUCCUGAGGUACAAUUUGGUUGGAUUUUAAUUUGGCCAGGUGAUGACUCUCCUUCUUCUUUAACUCUCCUUCUUUUUAACUACUAUUCAUGAGACUCCAAUAAUGAAACCCAACCUUUUAGCCUCCUCCUGUCUCUUUUAUCUGUGAUUAAAUUAUAAAGUAUAUGUUGAUGUGUCCUGGUUUUCGCUAAUAAAAUAUCUUGCACUAUGACGAUGGGGAAAACUGGUCUGUUUUGACAGUAGCACUAGGGAUUAUAAUCAAACCUUUAACCUGAUCACACAAAGCUAUUGUUUAAAGGGUAAUGGUGAUAGAGGAAUGAAUGAUUUUUUUGUGAGGCAGUUUUGACAAACUGAUGUCAUAGUUCUGUGGUACUGGUAUUGAUUUAUGAAAUGCAAUGGUUUUGUUUGCUUUUAGGGGGUGGAGUACAAAACUCUGGAGGUAUUAGUCUUAAUUAAGAUGAAUGUAAUUUGUUUUUUGGGUGGGACAGUAAAUCAGACUAAAUCUCUCCUGUUUGAGGUCAGUUACACUUAUCAAAGUUAUUUCUAUGCUCUAAAUGCCAAAAAUGUUUGACUUUACACCUCCACAGCAUGAUGCUGCCACCACUGUACUUCACAGUUGGGAUUGAGUUUGUAUAUGUCGAUGUCUCUUUUAAAGUGUAUGGAAACAUCUGGUUUCAACUGUGUGUGAAUGGUUGAAUGACAAUAUUUGUAUGUUGUCAGAUGGUUAAAGGGAAUAAAUGAAUUUGAAACCA